AUGGACGAGAACAGCAGAAAGACAAAGACGACAUCCCCCAAAACAGAAGUGAACGAAAUUGACAGGGAACUUUUUGGAGAAGAGGAACUGCAAAUAUUGCAAAACAAAACUGUGUCAAGUGAUGGGAAUCAAAAAGAGGAAGAACUUUUAGGAAAUAUUGAAUUGCUAGUAGCUGACGAAGAUGAUUUUAUUAACUUCGAAGGGUUGAGCAGCAACGAAAAUGAUACAAGUGCUAAUGGAAGUUCCGAUUCUGAUGUGCAGAUUGUAGAAGAGAUAACAAAAUUGAAAAAGGAGAGUCCCAAAACAAAGGGUAAAAAAAAAAAGAAAGAAAGAAAACAUAGUGUUUAUAAUAAGGAUAAUUCUGAGACGGAAAGAAAUGAAAGCGAAGGGGAAGAUGAUAGUUGUAAUGAGGAAAAGACAAAAACUUUAUCUAUUGAAAAUAUAAAAAAUUUCAAAGAGAUGCAAAUUAAAAAUAUGAAAAAAAAGAUUGAAGAGAAUAAACUAAUUACUUAUAUGCUCUGUUGGAUUUGUCACCUUCAAUUCUUGAACGGCAUUUGUAAUGACAAAUUAGUCCAAGCAUUAAUAUAUUCUGUAUAUGUAAAUUAUCAAAAGGGUAAAAAUAGAAAGUUGUAUAAGGACCCGAUUUACCUAUUCAUGUUUGUGAAGAAUUCAUUUAAUUUGAUUAUGGAUGAAAAAUCAUGGAUAUCGGGAGAAAAAUAUAUUUCCAGAAAUGUUCGUGGUUCGAUUAUAUUUCGAUUGUUAAGAAGUAUACAAAGAAAAAGAGGUAACAAUGUUAUGAUAAAUUUAAUUUUUAUUGCUUUAUGCAGAUGUUUAAAUAUACCUAGCCGUAUAUGUUUAACUUUGCCAUUUUUAAAAACUGAUAUAGAUAUUGAACAUGAAAAUCGAUUUUUAAAAAAGUGCUAUGAGACUUAUCAUUCCAAUUUUAGUAAAAGUAUUUUUUAUCGCCACUUCAUCGAUUCAUUGAAUGAUGAAUACAAUGAAGAUGAUAAUGUAUCUAGUCCUCUUGUCAAUCGGGGUGGUAAUAAAAAUGAAGAAAAUAUCCAUGUUGACGAUGUCAUUAUCAUUGACAGGGAAGAUGAGUUCUUUCAAAGGGAUUACCACUAUGCAGCAGGAAUAGCAAAAAAACAAAAUCAGAGUCGAAAUGAAAAGAAUGGAAAUAAUUCACGUAAAAUCAAUAAAGAUGAAACUGCCCAAUUUAACAUAUUUUCAGAAUGUUACUCAACAAGCUUCAACAAGUGGAUAUCCUUCUUUUUUUGUUACAAUGUGUAUUAUUUUAACUUUUUUAAUUUUUCAAAACAUGAUAACUCUUCUACAAAUGAAGAUAAAAUUUUCCACGUUCUUCUACCUUUGCCAAAAAAUCCAGAAGAAAUAAAAACAUACAGGAAUCAAAGGAGGACUCGUUCCUUGGGAGGCUUUGCGAGGUCGCUGUUCAUAUUCAACAGGGGAAAAGCCACUAGAAAGGGCAGUUCUGGAAGUGAUAGAAUUGAUCGAAGUGGUGGAAGUGAUCGAAGUGGUGGAAGUGAUCGAAGUGGUGGAAGUGAUCGAAGUGGUGGAAGUGAUAGAAGUGGUGGAAGUGAUAGAAGUGGUGGAAGUGAUAGAAGUGGUGGAAAUGAUCGAAGUGAUCGAAGUGAUAGAAGUGGUGGAAAUGAUCGAAGUGAUAGAAGUGGUGGAAAUGAUCGAAGUGAUGGGCUUGGUGGGCCAGAUCAGAAUAAACCCCAAAUAAGGAUAUACAAAAAGAGAAACAAAAGGAGAAGUGAUCACAUAGAUGUACCAAUCGAAAAAGGAAAGGAUACCAAAUGUUGUGUAAAUGAAAUGGAAGGAAAUGAAGUAAACAAAGGGAAUUGCUUAUCAAGCCAAAGUAGUAAUACAUGCAUAGGAAAAAAAUUGUCUAGCUCGAAAUUCGAAAUUCUGAUCGAUGAUCAUAGGGGGAAAAUGUACAUCGAACGGGAUAACAAGUUUUUUAUAGUUGACCAAAAGAGUAAGAAAGUGGUUAGAAUUGUAUACGUGGAACAAAAGAAUCGUAAUAAUGAUAAUCAGAACGGUGAUAAUAUCAAAGGAGGGGUGAAGGAGAAGGCACAGGAAGAGAAGGAGAAAUGUGUAAAAAAUAAACCAAAGGAACAGGAAAACACCCUAUACAACUUUGAAAAAGAGGAAGAAAACAGCGAAAUCGUGAAUUCAUUGGUUAAUAUCUACAGAUCGAGUGGAAAAAAGAAUUCUCUGCUGAGUCAGAUCAAAGAAUUGCGUUUAGCGAAUGGUAAAUUACGAGACGAUGCUGUUAGCACCAGCAGAUAUCCCUCUGCUCCUACUUCUACUGCUGCUACUGCGACUACUACCCAUCCUGGUACUAUGGGGAGAAAGAAACUUCUUGGGGAUGAGGUGUGGGAUCAUGGAGAAAUAAUAUAUGAUAAGUUUGCGAAUCCAAUGAAUGCCUCUUCUGAAGAGGCAAAAUACAUAAAGGUGUUUAUAAAUAGCCAUGUUUAUAGAUAUUUACAGAAUUUAGAUCACUACAACUUAUAUAUGUGUGUGAAUGGGUGUGGAAUAGUGAGGGAUGUUAGUGUACGUCACAAAUUGAGAUAUAGCAGAGGGGGGAAUAGUGAUGGAAAUAGUGGAAGAAACAGAGGAAAUAGCAACAAUGCUAUAAUUAAGGGAGAUAGAUAUUGUAACAUUGUGAGAAAUCACUUCAGACGAAUAGCAUACGACAUUAAUAAAAAACAAAAAUAUAAUCACUUUGAACAAGCACUAGAUAAAUUAGAUGAUGAAUAUUUAUACAAUCUUUACAUAACCAAUAUGAUACCUACAGAAAAAUCAGACUUCCUCAAAUCCAGUUAUUAUAUAUUAAAAUCUAUGUUAAAGAAAAACCAAGUUAUAUAUCCAAAUAAUCCGGUUGGACUGUUUAAAGGAGAAAAUGUUUAUCUGAAGGAACAUUUUUACAACUUAAUGAGACGAGAAUGUUUAGAAAGUAAACAUUACUACAUUAGCGAUAGUGAAAAACCACUAAGUUACGAAUUUGAUGAGUAUAAUAAGGUGAAAGUGCCUCUAUACGCUCAAUUUCAAUUAAAAAAGAAAAAAAAUGAGACCACCAACAAAGUUUGCAAACCGCUUUUGCUCGGCUCAAAUGAGAACGCUGAAUUGGGCAACAAUGUUAAUGCUGAUGAGGAAAAUAAUAAAGAUAAUGGCAUCAUCGUCACUGGAAAUGGUAACACGCAUAGAUUGGACAAUAUGCAAAUGUGCACUUUCUUGGAUGAAGAAAAUUUUGACUACAUAUACAACAAGAAAGACAAAUUGCACAUUCUGAAAACAAAAUUGUUUGCACACUCAAAAGCGAGCAACUUAAUCGAACUGAAUAAUGACGAUAUAUGUAUUUAUAACAUUAAAUUGAAAUACGUCUUCAAACAUUUAAGAGGAACAAUUCCUUAUAAAAUUGUGUACAAUAGUUCUUACUUUUUUAAUAAAUUUCGAAAAAAACCUAAUGCAGUAACAGAUGCUGACAAACUUAUUAUAAAAAAAAAACAUAUGACACAAUUCCAAAAUUUGUACAUGCCACAAAAACGAAUGGAAGACGAAUUUUUAAUAAAUGAUAAAUCCAAGCAAAUCAAAAAUUUAUGGAAGGUACUCUGCAAGAGUGUCCUAUACGAGCAAGAAAACAAAAAGGUUUCUCAAAAUAGGGAGAGGGCGAAAACAAUUUACAAAAUGAAAGAAUUCAAUACAGACGUAGAUAGAUACUUUCAAAUUUGA